AUGGUUCUGCUGUACUUGCCAUUGUGCUCGCGAUUGCUUGUCGUCGCCGCACCCCACUGCUGCGUUUCGCGCAGUUUGCGGCGCGGAGGGUGCUCGUUUUGCAUUGACCUUGGUGUGGGGUGGUUGCCCCGCGGUGCGCGCGCGGGCGUUGCCUCGUGCGCGCUGGCUGCAACCCACCGCCACAUGGCGGCUGCAACUGCGUCACUCACUCGCUUCCUCUUUAACUUUUUGCCUCUUCACCGUGAUGGAAGGCGCAUGAAUGCGGCCCCCUUCCCGCGUGAGGGGGCGUGGCAAAAAACUGAUGCACCAAUCGGCGCGCCCGAGACGCCUGCGCUCAAAGUUGGUCUGUCGCGUUUCUGCAGCGGCAGCGCCUCGUUCUCAAGGACGCGUACUUCACGUCUACUGUCCCCCCUCACAGGAAGUGUGCCUGGGCGCAGGAAGAGAAUGUGGUGCCACGUAUGA